GUAUAUGCAUAUGUACAUAAACAUGAGUAACAUUUGAUGGACUUAUAUAAUAAAAUGAAUGGAAUUAAAGAAUUUUUAUCUUAAUUAGAGUAUUAUACAGCAUUAGAAAAACUAGAAAUUAGAUCAAAAGAUAAUCUUGAAUUUGAAGAAGAAAGUCUUACAAUUUAUAAAGAACAUUAUUAAGAAGUAAUCAAUAAUACUCUAAUGUAGUUUAUAAAUUCAUUUAAGAUGGAAUAGACAAUCAUUAAAAAUGAAAAAGAAGACAUUAAAUUGUUUUUGAGGGAAACAUUUCCAGAACUCAUUGAAAAGAUAAAACGUAUAAUUGCAGAUAAAGUAUAUUUUAUAAUUAAAUUUAAGGAAAAAUUAAUUGAAGGCGAUAUUAAAGAACUAGCUAAGAUUAAACAUUAAUAACCAGAAGAUUUUAGUAAAAGAUUUGAAGAAUUCAAUUAUCUUCAUUAAAAAAUAUAAGAAGGUAUCUUUAUAAAUUUAUAAAACAUAGUUUUAGAAUCUAAUGAUCAAUAAGAUAUAUAUAAGACUUUAGAACUUUUAGAAUCUAAAAUUAUGAUAGGUUCUUUUAAAUAGAUGUAAAGUUAAGAGGUAGAUUUCUUUAUGAAGAGUGUUGAUAAAUUAUUUAGAGAAAAAGAAAAUCCAAAUAAAAAAUAAGAAUCUAUUUCAUUACUUAGCUUAAUGCGAAGUGUGAUAUCAGAAUAUCUUAUUAAAAUGAUGAAUGAUUAACUUGAAUCUUCUUUUGAUUUUUUGGAUAAAGAACUUUUUUUUACUCAAUCCAAAAAUACUCAUAUCAAUGCAAAAGAAUAAUAUAUAAAUCUCUUACAUAAAUUAGAAUGUAAUUCAUAUCUUAUUUUUAGAAUUGCAUUACACAGUUUGGAAAGAUGUGAUGGAAUUACCUUAUGAUAAUUAUUUACUUGAGAUUUCUGAAAAAUAAUAUGAAUAAGCAAUUCAAAUUGGAAAUCGUGCUAUUCAAUAUCAUACAUAAAUGGAUGAGAUGAUGAAAGCUAUGUUAGAACGUUUUUUGUAAAGAUGA